AUGGCCGCGGCCAUCGCCAGCGGCUUGAUCCGCCAGAAGCGGCAGGCGCGCGAGCAGCACUGGGACCGGCCGUCGGCCGGCAGGAGGCGGAGCAGCCCCAGCAGGAACCGCGGGCUCUGCAACGGCAACCUGGUGGACAUCUUCUCCAAAGUACGCAUCUUCGGCCUCAAGAAGCGCAGGUGGCGGCGCCAAGAUCCCCAGCUCAAGGGUAUAGUGACCAGGUUAUAUUGCAGGCAAGGCUACUACUUGCAAAUGCACCCCGAUGGAGCUCUCGAUGGAACCAAGGAUGACAGCACUAAUUCUACACUGUUCAACCUCAUACCAGUGGGACUGCGCGUCGUGGCCAUCCAGGGAGUGAAAACAGGGUUGUACAUAGCCAUGAAUGGAGAAGGUUACCUCUACCCAUCAGAACUUUUUACCCCUGAAUGCAAGUUUAAAGAAUCUGUUUUUGAAAACUAUUAUGUAAUCUACUCAUCGAUGCUGUACAGACAACAGGAAUCUGGUAGAGCCUGGUUUUUGGGAUUGAACAAGGAAGGGCAAGUUAUGAAAGGAAACAGAGUAAAGAAAACCAAGGCAGCAGCUCAUUUUCUACCCAAGCCAUUGGAAGUUGCCAUGUACCGAGAACCAUCUUUGCAUGACGUCGGAGAAACGGUCCCAAAAGCCGGGGUGACGCCGAGUAAAAGCACAAGCGCGUCUGCCAUCAUGAAUGGAGGCAAACCAGUCAACAAAAGUAAGACGACAUAGCCAGAUCCUCGCAGGUGUUGUGACUGACUCGCCCUGAGCACCGUUGAGUGAUUUAUCCUGGCCACACCCUCCUGUUCCGGGGCCCAGGAGCAGCUGGCAGUAAGCAGACGCUUGCUCCCCGCUGGCUCGGACUUCUUGGUUGCAAGUGGCUAAAUCUCAACGUGUUGUGCCCUCACAACAAGAAGACACCUGGAUAACCAGCUCAACUCAGACCAUGGAAUGCCCUACCAGAUAUGGAAUGCCUUUUUAAUAUCUUUUCUGUGACUGUGACACUUCACGUGAAUGACCUACUUCACAAGUCCACUCGAUACCUUGCCUGCUGACAGCUACCCAUAUUCCUUUUUGAGUCCCGUUUCGGCGAAUUCCAUGUGUUUAAGUUCGAUUUUGUAGCACACAGAUACUCUUGAGUAAUUUCUAGUUAGAUGCUGUAAACCUGUGCUAUUAUGGAGUUCUCUUCUUCCCGUUUUUACAGGGCUGCUGGCUCCACUGUCUGUGACCUUUUGCAGGGAUUGUGUUCCUCUCGAUCUUAACUGUCGUGGUUGGCUUAGUUGGGAGAGCGAUCAGGGAAACAGAAAGCCUUCCAAACCUAUUAUGACACAUUGCAUCUAUAAAGAUUAAGAGUGUUGUCUCUGGCUCACACUACUGAUGAAACACACAUAUACGCUCUGUCCAGUGGCAGAUACUGUGCUCCUGAGGCCGCGUGGCUGGGCUGAGAAACGGGGUCAAACGCAGUCAUGGGAAGCGCUCUAUGAUCUGGGUUUGACAUCCCCCUUAGUCUCUUUGUGUGUGUGUGUGUUUUAUACAUAUCACAAGCUUACUGGUAAUGGUAACAUUUGCCUUGCCCAGCGAGCAAGACCCACUGGUUUUUGAGAAAGUGGGUCCAAAGAACUCUGUAGGCCUUGUAGGCCUGAUUAAGGUUCAUUUUCAUCUAUGAAUCCUCAUUAUUUGGAAAAAAGGAAAAAAAAAAUCAAUAAUUACAACCUACAAGAAUUGCGCUACCUAAAUCCAUUUCAGAUAGAAUCCCUCCUGUUUUUAAUGAACCAAACUUAAUGCCAUCCCCGGUUUGGGCUGCAUUCCACUCAUACUCAGCAGAGCACGGGCAAGGCGGCUGUUGUGUUCUUUUCUGCAGCAGCAAUGCAAACGUUAGUUAUAAAUUAGACUUUAAUAUUUUUGGUGUUUAACAAGUUUUUAAACUGGACAUAUUAGGAAAAAAAUAUUUUUUUUAGCUCAGCAUGCUGAGUCAGGUACUGUGUAAUUCACCAGUCCAUACCUCUGACUCAGCUUCUCGGGCCCCUGUGGCCCAAUGGCUGAGUUAGAGGUGCCUUGCCAUGAUCUCAGAAUGCAGUCUGUUGAAUUAUUCUAGAUUAAAACUAAAGGCAAACCAACACGUUCAAACAUCAGGUUUUCGGUCCAUCCGAUUUUUUUUUUUUGCUUUUCUUUGAUUUUGCUUUCUUAACUUCCUUUGGAAUUUAAUACUGCUGAAUUCUGAGCUUAGGGAAGACAAAGACUAAGAAAGUCCAUGAAUAGUUGACUCCACAGUGAAGAAACCAUGCCAAAUGUUCAAUAUUGGGUAUAAAGAGUUUCAAAAUGUUUGAUACUAAACUGUUUGGAAAUAUAUUUGUUAACUCUGUGUAUACUUAAUAAAUUUCAAUGUUUUCUCCUCAGAAGAGUUAACUGAGACCAAACUGAACCUCAUUUAUAGAAAACUAUACAUGGGAUCAAUGUACUGGCCUCUUGUUAUUAUUUCCAUGUGGAAGGAUGACCCAGUCGCCAUUUUCUCCCAUCUGCACUGUAUUUACUGGGAAAUUAUUUUGUCACUGCUUUCCUAAGUCUCCAUGACAGCCCUUGCCCAGCAUCAAAAAAUUUUGGCCUGCUUAGCUGAUUAAAGAUUUACUAUCAAUUUAACUGUUUAUGCUUACUUCAUUUUCGUAUUGAAUUCCACUUUAAUAAAUAAAAAGUUAGCAUAAUGUUUGAGUAGAUUCAUUGUCGAUAGUGCUAAAGUACAAAUACAACAAAAUGACUCUUUUGACCUCUCUUGAUUUCUUGUUACACCAUUUUAAAGCCUAUUAUUUUUAACAGGCUAAGUUAAAAUACAUUAGAUGAAUUUCAUUAACCAAUUGUUUAGGGAAGACAUAUACUCCAUAAUAUGUGGCAACUUGAAAUUCCAAUUAGAUGGACUUACCCUACUGUGCACAGGCACACACACACAUCAAACAACCCCACCUAUAUGUUUUUGGUAAUCAGCCCUACUUGCUGGUUUCUUUUUCCCCUGUAAGCUUGUUUAUUGGUUAAAAUUAUGACAAGAUUUAUUUUUGUAGGUGACUGAGAUUUCAGUAAAUGUGUAUCUCUGUUUUGUUUUUGACAUGAGUUAUCUAUAAGGGCAUUUAUCCCUAUGAAUGGAUGUCAAAAUACUUUCUUCUAAUAUAUGUUUAGACGUAUUGCAGAGGGGUCCUUGUUAUUUGUGAUUUAGUUAGAUCAUUUCCUCUGUGUCUGGUCUGACCUGUUGCAUGGAACGAGGACAGCACUGAUGAACUGCAUGUUGUAGGACCUGUGUAUCAAGAACCAUUGGUGUGUAUUAAUCUACAUACAAAGAGUUUGUCUGCAUUGUACAGUUUCUGUGUUGAAUAUCAUUUGUUGUAUUCAUAAAUACAACAUAUUGAAUAAAAUAUUUAUAUGACGGCAUAUUCAAAAACAUUGAACAACUUUAUGUAGUGAAAUGGCAUUGCAUCACCCACAGAUAUAGAGAAAUGUCAUGUAAAUAAGUUUGGUAAACUCAUUUUCCCCCUU